GUUGAGUCCCAGCAUGUUGCGUCCCAGCAUGUUGCGUCCCAGCAUGUUGAGUCCCAGCAUGUUGAGUCCCAGCAUGUUGAGUCCCAGCAUGUUGCGUCCCAGCAUGUUGCGUCCCAGCAUGUUGCGUCCCAGCAUGUUGAGUCCCAGCAUGUUGCGUCCCAGCAUGUUGCGUCCCAGCAUGUUGCGUCCCAGCAUGUUGAGUCCCAGCAUGCUGCGUCCCAGCAUGUUGCGUCCCAGCAUGUUGAGUCCCAGCAUGUUGAGUCCCAGCAUGUUGCGUCCCAGCAUGUUGCGUCCCAGCAUGUUGCGUCCCAGCAUGCUGCGUCCCAGCAUGUUGCGUCCCAGCAUGUUGCGUCCCAGCAUGUUGAGUCCCAGCAUGUUGAGUCCCAGCAUGUUGCGUCCCAGCAUGUUGAGUCACAGCAUGUUGCGUCCCAGCAUGCUGCGUCCCAGCAUGUUGCGUCCCAGCAUGUUGAGUCCCAGCAUGUUGAGUCCCAGCAUGUUGAGUCCCAGCAUGUUGCGUCCCAGCAUGUUGAGUCCCAGCAUGUUGAGUCCCAGCAUGUUGAGUCCCAGCAUGUUGCGUCCCAGCAUGUUGCGUCCCAGCAUGUUGCGUCCCAGCAUGUUGCGUCCCAGCAUGUUGAGUCCCAGCAUGUUGAGUCCCAGCAUGUUGAGUCCCAGCAUGUUGCGUCCCAGCAUGUUGAGUCCCAGCAUGUUGAGUCCCAGCAUGUGGCGUCCCAGCAUGUUGCGUCCCAGCAUGUUGAGUCCCAGCAUCUUGAGUCCCAGCGUCUUGAGUCCCAGCAUCUUGAAUCCCAGCAUCUUGAAUCCCAGCAUCUUGAAUCCCAGCAUCUUGAAUCCCAGCAUCUUGAAUCCCAGCAUCUCGCCUACAAUCGCAUGUGA